GUCUGCUCACCGUACUGUGGAUAAUUGUGCGUUAAGUUUCGACUUGGUGACCGACGGUGCAACAUUGUGAGGACGUUGUGAAAUCGAGACUCACGCAAGGCGUAAAAAAAGUGCGCGAAAGCUGACCCAAGGUAGAGAUAGAUAGGGGUGAAGUGACAAGCCGGAUCCAAGUUGGUGUCUACCAAACAAUGAUGGACUGAAGAAAAAUCACACCAGCCCAAACUUAUCUAGCAUCUGUCCCGGCGGCCAUCUUAGGCACAUAUUUUCAACGCAAGUGGUAAAUCUAAUGCUUCAAACUGUUCGGGGACGUGGAAAGAGUUUACCACCCUUUCGAGUUGACUAACAGGCUCUCGAGAGUAUUUCCUGGGACGUCUCUGGCCAGCUUUCACCGAGCCACCGGAGCCGGUUCUUCCACCGGGGUAGCUUGGUGGUCCAUGAUGAACGGAGGUCUGUACGAGGAGAGUCCACCCCCGGCACCCCAGAGCGCCGCCACCCCCAUCAGCAACAGCGGCAUGACGAGCCCGGCCUCCGUAGCUGCUCCACCGGCCGCCACGACGUCGGCGACGUCGAGCUCAUCGCCAGCCAGCGUCACCAGCAACAGCGGGGGUUCUGCAGGUCCCUUGCAGAUCCCGGCUAAGCGGCUGAGUUCGGUUUACGGCGAUUGUCCGGAACCCGGAGUCAUCCGGCAUUCCCACCACAGUCAGCCUUGGAACUAUUCGCCUUCUGAGAACCACCACGCAGGUAGCGGUGCCUUCGACGUCGGUCUCAACCACCACCAGUACGCCAACACCCCGACGUACUACAACCUGGCGUCGGAUCCGGCUGCAGGUAGGGAUUCCCGCAAGGCUGCGUCCUUGUCCCUAUGGUCUCCGAUGGCUACCGCCACGGGGGUCACUCCCAAAUACGAGUAUUCCAGUGUACCUUCCGCGGGUCCAAGUGCGGACCCUUCUGUGUCCUCCUGCCACCAGAACUUCUCUUCCCCCGGGUGGUGCGGGUAUUCUCCCUACACCGCGGGUUCCAGGCACCACGUGGAGGCGCACCAGGCUGUUUCCUACCUCCCUUCGGACGACAGAGGCAGGGCAGUGGCCGCAAUGGCCGAAGGAGCCUCUUUUGCACACGCACACGAUGGAGGUUACGGACUGAGGAACUAUGGUUCGGAACCGGUUCCAUCGACGCCUUAUCCUCCUCCAGUUAUGUGGGGAUCCUCCCCAUCUCCCUUUUUUUCCUCAGGUUCACUGGGCUCAAUGGGAGUCAGUGUGCCCUGCGGCGGUUCCACCAACCCCUUAGAAUGGACGGGUCAGGUGACCGUAAGGAAAAAACGCAAACCCUACUCGAAAUUCCAAACCUUGGAGCUGGAGAAGGAGUUCCUCUUCAACGCCUACGUCUCCAAGCAGAAGCGCUGGGAGCUGGCACGAAAUCUCAACCUUACCGAGAGACAGGUCAAGAUCUGGUUCCAGAACAGGAGGAUGAAGAACAAGAAGAACUCCCAGAGGCAGGCGAGUCAGGCCCAGAACAACAACAACUCGGUGACGAACAACCAGAACCACCUUCCCAAUCAUCACCACCACCUGCAGCACCACGUAGUCAACCACCACGUACCUCCAAACGGAGCCUUGAAGCAUCACCAGUGACCAAUGGGGUUCUCCGGGAUGGUCUUAGGUCAUCACCACAACCAGGGCUUGACGACCUGAGCGGCAUCUCUUCGUCCUCGUCUUCAGUGUGUCAAAACGUAGAGUUGUAAGACUAAAGAGUUCAUCAGUGUGGACCUUGAAGCCUUCGAUGAACCUGUUCUUUGCAGUGCCAAAGAGUUAUAUAGUUAGGUCUAAAUCGGAACUUUUGCGAGACUUUCAUUUUACUGGGCUUGUGCAAAUCGUUCUUUUAGGUACUGUCCCAAGUGACGGACUUAUUAAUUUGCAGCAUGUAAGAAUUCAGAGUGUACAUAAUUUCGACUGUCCUUGUAGUAGAUUGUAAUUUGAAUGGUAUUGUGUAAUCCAUGUUUCUGUAGUUCAAUGUGUAUAGUAAAUUAUUGCAGGUUAUUCUAUCCUGUUGGCCAUAUAAUAUUUCGAAUUUUUCAGUUCUACUGUUACUCUUGCCUCAUCUCGAAGAAUAUAAAUCGAAGUCUCACGGUGUGUAAAUAUUUAUUACCGAGAAUGUACCACUGAAAGCGAAAUGUAAUCAUGUUUUAUCGUUUCCUUAAUGUUUUGGUUCAAUUUCGCCUGAGUUUCAGUUUAGUCGUGUGUUGUAUCUCUAUUAUCUCUUUUGUUGUAUUAUAUAUAUUUUAUCAAAAUUUUAUUCGAUCGCUCAAAGUCAAUGUACGAUUGCUCGUGAUUUAUAUACUUCGAGACAGGCGUCGCUUUAAUGUAUAUAUAAUAAUUAAAUACUCCUUAGGUACCUGUGGCUUGUUGUAUACGGAUAGGCAAGACUUCAUUUUCGUCACAAGGAGAAAAAUAAAUACAUUUGCUGCUGGAUGUAACUUCACUUGUAACAUACUUUUAAAGAGAACCUCCUCUAGAAAUCCGAAUUUAAUGAUUAAUGACUAAUUAUAAAGAAGCUAUGUACUUAUCGAAACUUGAAAUGUUUAGGGUUU